CCGACUGGAUAAUUUUGCCACGCCAUAGCUGUACUCUAUCACCCUCCAACUAUAUAUAUACUCCAGGACGACUCCUCUUUCCAUUCUUCAUUGCUUGCUUGCAGGAGAAGUUAAAAGGCAAAGAAAUUCAAUUCUCUGGAUUCUUAUAUUGUGUUUGCUUAGUGAGAUAGAAGAAGAAAUGUUGGCGAUAUUUCACAAGGCGUUUGCUCAUCCUCCACAGGAGCUGAACAGCCCUGCCUCAUGCAGGGUGGCUAGAAAGCUUAAGACACCAGAGGAGACUCUCAAGGAGUUCCUCUCCUCUCACCCCCAUAAUAACUUCUACAUGAGCUUUGCUGACGCAGCGGUGUUGGCGUACGCUCGCCCCGGCCGCUCCUACUCCAUUUACCAGAGGUUGUUCUGUGGAUUUGAUGACAUAUACUGCCUGUUUCUGGGGAGCUUGAACAAUCUAUGCACCCUCAUCAGGCAGUAUGGCCUGUCCAAGAAUACCAACGAGGCGAUGUUCGUCAUCGAGGCCUACCGCACUCUCCGAGACCGUGGGCCUUAUCCGGCCGACCAGGUCGUCAAGGAUCUCGAAGGCAGCUUCGCUUUCGUCAUCUACGAUAGCAAGGCCGGAACCGUCUUUGCUGCACUGGGGUCGGAUGGAGGGGUCAAGCUGUUCUGGGGCAUUGCAGCGGAUGGGUCGGUAGUAAUUUCAGACGAUGUGGAGGUCAUUAAAGGAAGCUGCGCCAAAUCCUUUGCGCCUUUCCCCACAGGAUGCAUGUUCCACAGCGAGGGAGGGCUGAUGAGCUUCGAGCAUCCGAUGAACAAGAUGAAGGCAAUGCCAAGGGUGGAUAGUGAAGGAGUCAUGUGUGGGGCCAACUUCAAGGUUGAUGUAUGUUCCAAGAUCUACAGCAUGCCACGUGUCGGAAGCGAAACCAACUGGAUGCUAUGGGAAUCACAUUGACAUAGAUGGCAGACAUUGCUGUAUUAUUUGUAGUUGUGUGGCAUGUUUAUGUGUAAAGUGUAAUGUGUAUGGGGGGUUUGGGUGGAUGUGUAAUUUCUCUCUUUAAUGAGUAGAAAUAUGAAAUAACAUUUCUUUUCUCUUUGAUUAAUGGUGGAAA